AUGGCGGCCUCUGAGGCGGCGGCGGCCGGUCCCGCGGCUGUAGCGUCGGGCGCCCCAGCUGUCCCGGCGGCCGCGAGGGUUGCCGCCGCCGCCUCGGACCCGCGUGUGCCGCCGGGACGGCUGAGAGGCAGCCGGUCACGACCCGCGGCGGCCAGGCAGCAGCCUACGGCUCCGGUGCCGCCGACCCGGGAGCUAAUCCAGCCGUCGGUAAGCGAGCUGUCUCGGGCGGUGCGGACCAACAUCCUGUGCACCGUGCGCGGCUGCGGCAAGAUCCUGCCCAACAGCCCGGCGCUCAACAUGCACCUGGUCAAGAGCCACCGUCUGCAGGACGGCAUAGUGAAUCCAACAAUAAGAAAAGAUUUGAAAACAGCUCCAAAAUUCUACUGUUGUCCAAUUGAAGGCUGCCCUAGAGGUCCUGACAGGCCAUUUUCCCAGUUUUCUCUUGUAAAACAGCACUUCAUGAAGAUGCACGCCGAGAAGAAACACAAGUGCAGCAAGUGCAGCAACUCCUACGGCACCGAGUGGGACUUGAGGAGGCACGCUGAGGACUGCGGCAAGACCUUCCAGUGCACGUGCGGCUGCCCCUACGCCAGCAGAACGGCGCUGCAGUCACACAUCUACCGGACUGGCCAUGAGAUCCCCGCAGAGCACAGGGACCCACCUAGUAAGAAAAGGAAGAUGGAAAACUCCAUGCACAGCCUAAAGUUGUCCAAUAAGACCAUUGAAUCAUCAUUGGUCACUAAGCCCUCUCCUAAGCCAGACACUCAAGAACUGGAAACUUCUGAAAUUAAGCUAUUAGCUUCUUUUGAAGACUCUUGCACCUCUCAUGCCAGAAAACAGACCCUUACACCACCUCCAAGAUGUCCUCCGAAGUUGCUUCUACCAAAGCCCAAGGUGGCUUUGGUUAAACUACCUGUUAUGCAGUUCUCUCCCAUGCCUGUCUUCGUGCCUACUGCGGACUCCUUAGCCCAGCCUGUGGUGUUAGGUAUAGAUCAUCGGGGCUCUGCCACGGGGGCUGUGCAUUUACUUCCCUUGUCAAUAGGAACCCUGGUUCUUGGCUUAGAUUCAGAGGCUUGUGCUCUGAAGGAGAGCCUUCCUUUUUCAAAAACUGUGAAUUCUGUUGCCGUUGAGCCAAUUAGUACAGGUGUUCAAGUGAACUUGGGUAAAAGUCCAUCUAACACUUUACAACAACUAGGGGACACCUGUCAAAAGAACAGCAUUUCUUCUAUCAACAUACAGACAGAUCUGUCUUACACCUCACAAAACUUCAUGCCUUCUGUGCAGUGGGCUGCCCAAGAUUCCUCGGUAUCGUCUUGCUCUCAAACGGACCUGACGUUCGGUUCGCAGGUCUCUUUACCCAUUAGUGUCCAUACUCAGACAUUUCCGCCCAGCCCUAAGGCUACGUCAUCGAUAGCUGCACAGACCGAUGCCUUCAUGGAUGCCUGUCUCCAGUCCACUGGGGUCUCCAAGGAAACACAGACCAGUGGAAUGCCGAGUUCUUCAGAUGACCGUACUCAGAUGGACCAAGCUGUAAUGUGCAGAGACAUCUUCGAGAGUGUCCAUUCAUCGUACAGUGUCUCCACAGACAAUAUUAUAAGCAACAGUUUAGUAGCAGACACUGUAACUCAUGGCUUGUUACCUCAGGAUGACCCAAAGACUCUAAAUCAAGACAUGGAGAAAUCUGCAUCAGUUAUCAGCUUCAGUGCACAGAACAUGACAGAUAACCAGACCCAAACCAUAGACCUGUUAAGUGACUUAGAAAACAUACUGUCAAGUAAUCUUCCUGCUCAGACACUGGAUAACCGAAGUCUCUUGUCUGACACGAACACUGAAUCUGACACCCAGCUCCCAUCGGCUCCAACCCAGAAUCCAGGAAUUGACUUUGAUAUUGAAGAGUUCUUUUCGGCCUCAAAUAUCCAAACUCAAACAGAAGAGAGUGAACUUAGCAACAUGAACCCCGAGCCUGUCUUAGAAUCACUGGACAUAGAGACCCAAACAGACUUCUUACUUGCAGACACCUCUGCUCAGCCCUACAGUUGUAGGGAGAAUGCUAACUUCUUAGGCCUUGAGAUGUUCGAUACACAGACGCAGACAGACUUAAACUUCUUUUUAGACAGUAACCCUCACCUGCCUCUGGGAAGUAUUCUAAAACACUCCAGCUUUUCCAUGAGUACGGAUUCCUCGGAUACAGAGACCCAAACAGAAGGGCUCUCCGUUGCUAAAAGCAUACCUCCGCUAGAAAGCAAAGUGCAGUUGAGUAGUACAGAAACCCAGACGAUGCACUCUGGCUUUGACAACUUGAACAGUUUGUUCUUCACCAGCAACGAAACGCAAACAGCUAUGGGUGACUUUCUUCUGGCCGAUCUGGCCUGGAACCCGAUGGAGUCUCAGUUCAGUUCUGUAGAAACCCAGACAUGUGCGGAAUUACACACCGUCUCCAACUUCUGA